AUGAGUUAUUGGAAGUUGCUGUGGGUGGCCAUUCUGGUGGCCGUGCUCUCCACGUAUCAUACAGAUGCAAAUCCUAAGAAAAACAUAAGUGCGAUAAAGAAUAAAAAAAUACAGGCUGAAUACUUAGAGGCACCGUUUUUUAAGUCUUUGUUUAUUAAGGUGUCUACACCAGGAGAUGCUUAUUUACCGCCGAAGUUAAAAAUCACGACACCUAGUACAACCAUUAGAAUCAGAAGUACACCAUCCACAAUUACUACAACUACCACAACACCAUCCACGAUUACUGCAAGUAGAACUACAUCAUCCACAACUACCCAAAGAUUGAAAACUACACCGCCGACCUAUCUGCCUCCGCACAAGUAUACAUAUCUUCCACCACCGCAAUCUUCCAGCACCUACAAACCUACGACGCGGCAGCCAAUUACAUAUCCACCAGUCAUUUAUAGUGUAUAUCCAACAUGGAAGUUGCUGUGGGUGGCCAUUCUGGUAACCGUGCUCUCCACGUAUCAUACAGAUGCAAAUCCUAAGAAAAACAUAAGUCCGAUAAAGAAUAAAAAAAUACAGGCUGAAUUCUUAGAGGCACCGUUUUUUAAGUUUAUUAAGGUGUCUACACCAGGAGAUGCUUAUUUACCGGCGAAGGUAAGAACCACGACGCCUAGUACAACCACUAGAAUCAGAACUACACCAUCCACAAUUACUACAACUACCACAACACCAUCCACGACUACUGUAAUUAGAAAUACAGUAUCUACAACUACCCAAAAAUUGAGAACUACACCGCCGACCUAUCUGUCUUCGCACAAGUAUACAUAUUUUCCACCACCGCAACCUUCCAGCACCUACAAACCUACGACACGGAAGCCAAUUACGUAUCCACCAGUCAUUUAUAGUGUAUAUCCAACAGUGAAGCAGAUUUGGCUGACUCUUCUUGUAUACGUGCUCUCCACGUAUCAUGCAGAUGCAAAUCGUGAGAGAAGCAAACGUGCGAUAGAGGAUAACCAGAAUAAAUAUCAAAAUUUUCUGGAUUCCGGUGGAUAUGUUUAUCCAAUCCCGAGUAAUCAACUAUCGUAUACAACGUCAACACAAAAGCCAGAUGGAUAUAUUUAUCCAAUCUCAAGUAAUGAAAUAUCGACUGGAAUAUUUACCAAAAAACCAGACAGAUAUACAACUUCAAGUAUUAAAAUAUCAACAAAAAAGCCAGAUGGAUAUAGCUACAUAACUCCGGAUGUUAGAAUAUCAACGCCAUCACCAUUUGUCACUGCAACACCAAGUGAAUAUAAAACAACACAUAUAUUGCCACAAACUUCAACUAGGCCACCCUAUGUACCACCAGCAUCACCUUCAACUAGGCCACCUUAUGUACCACCAUCACCACCUUCAACUAGACCACCUUUUAUUACUACUAAAUCAGAUGGAUAUAGCUACAUAACUCCGGAUGUUAGAAUAUCAACGCCAUCACCAUUUGUCACUGCAACACCAAGUGAAUAUAAAACAACACAUAUAUUGCCACAAACUUCAACUAGGCCACCCUAUGUACUCCCAUCAUCACCUCCAACUAGGCCACCCUAUGUACCCCCAUCAUCACCUUCAACUAGACCACCUUUUAUUACUACUAAAUCAGAUGGAUAUACUUACACGAGACCAAGUGUUAAAAUAUCAACUAUACCACCAACAAAAAAGCCAGAUGGAUAUAGUUACAUAACUCCGGAUGUUAGAAUAUCAACGCCAUCACCAUUUGUCACUGCAACACCAAGUGAAUAUAAAACAACACAUAUAUUGCCACAAACUUCAACUAGGCCACCCUAUGUACUACCAUCAUCACCUUCAACUAAACCACCCUAUGUACCCCCAUCAUCACCUCCAACUAGGCCACCCUAUGUACUCUCAUCAUCACCUUCAACUAGACCACCUUUUAUUACUACUAAAUCAGAUGGAUAUACUUACACGAAACCAAGUGUUAAAAUAUCAACUAUACCACCAACAAAAAAGCCAGAUGGAUAUAUUUACAACAUUCCGAAUGUUACAUUACCAACGCCAGUACCUCCAACUAGACCACCUUAUGUACCACCUCCAACUAGACCACCCUAUGUACCAUCAUCUUCACCUCCAACUCGACCACCUUAUGUACCACCAUCUUCACCUCCAACUAGACCACCCUAUGUACCACCAUCUUCACCUCCAACUAGACCACCUUAUGUACCACCUAUAACAGCACCAUCUGUAACAAGACCAGCCUACACAUAUCCACCUCCAACUAGACCACCCUAUGUACCACCAUCCUCACCUCCAACUAGACCACCCUAUGUACCACCAUCCUCACCUCCAACUAGACCACCCUAUGUGCCACCACCUUCACCUCCAACUAGACCACCCUAUGUACCACCACCUCCACCUCCAACUAGACCACCCUAUGUACCACCACCUUCACCUCCAACUAGACCACCUUACGUACCACCAUCCUCACCUCCAACUAGACCACCCUAUGUGCCACCACCUUCACCUCCAACUAGACCACCCUAUGUACCACCACCUUCACCUCCAACUAGACCACCUUACACCACCCUAUGUGCCACCACCUCACCUCCAACUAGACCACCCUAUGUACCACCAUCACCACCUGUAACUCAACAACCCUAUACUCGACCACCACCACCUCCUCCAACUAGACCAUCUUAUUUACCACCACCACCACCUUUACCUCCAACUAGACCACCCUAUGUACCACCACCUGUAACUCAACAACCCUAUACUCGACCACCAUCAUCUUUUCCAACUAGACCACCUUAUGUACCACCACCUGUAACUCAACAACCUUAUACUCGACCACCACCACCGCCACCAUCUCCUCCAACUAGACCACCUUAUGUACCACCAUCACCACCACCCUCACCUCCAACUAGACCACCCUAUGUACCACCACCUGUAACUCAACAACCCUAUACUCGACCACCACCAUCUCCUCCAACUAGACCACCUUAUGUACCACCACCUGUAACUCAACAACCCUAUACUCGACCACCACCAUCUCCUCCAACUAGACCACCUUAUGUACCACCAUCACCACCACCCUCACCUCCAACUAGACCACCCUAUGUUCCACCACCUGUAACUCAACAACCCUAUACUCGACCACCACCACCGCCACCAUCUCCUCCAACUAGACCACCUUAUGUACCACCACCACCACCUUCACCUCCAACUAGACCACCCUAUGUACCACCACCUCCAACUAGACCACCCUAUGUACCACCACCUCCAACUAGACCACCCUAUGUACCACCACCUCCAACUAGACCACCCUAUGUACCAUCAGCACCAUCUGUAACAAUACCAGCCUACACACGACCACCAUCACCUCCAACUAGACCACCCUAUGUACCACCACCUGUAACUCAACAACCCUAUACUCGACCACCGCCACCUCCUCCAACUAGGCCAUCUUAUCUACCACCACCACCACCACCUUCAUCUUCAACUAGACCACCCUAUGUACCACCACCUGUAACUCAACAACCCUAUACUCGUCCACCACCACCGCCACCAUCUCCUCCAACUAGACCACCUUAUGUACCACCGUCACGACCACCACCACCGCCACCAUCUCCUCCAACUAGACCACCUUAUGUACCACCGUCACGACCACCACCGCCAGAUUAUGAAAUUAAACCAUCGAUUACGGACGAGUCAACGAAUCUUCCUCCUGAAGAACGAACGUAUCUUCCACCACCGCAGCCGACAAUUAUCCCGGUGACAAUUCCGCCGCCACCGUAUCCUUCAGUCAAUUAUGAAACUACAAUCAGAACGCCUACCCCGAAACCACCUAAUGGAACGAUUGCUCCACCGCCGACUCUGCCGCCACCCACCCAGCCCAGACCUUUCAUAGGUUACGAAUAUGCACCACCCAAGGGACCAGCCUUUGAAACCCGCAAACGAUGA